CUAGUUAGCUAACUAACUAGCGCACUCUACUGUCUCCAGGACAAGACAGAACAGAGCACACCGCGAUGGGCCUCUUCACCAAUGAAAAAGCACUACCGACAGUGCCCACGGAUACAAUUAUUCCACUUCAUUUCAGAGAUGACAUCCAAAUUUACCGGUCUCUAGCCAUUGACUGCAUCUUGAAGUUCGAGGAUGUCUUGGACGCGGAGCGACUGCGUCACGCAUUGGAGCGAUUAUUGGAACUCGGCGAGUAGAGGAAAUCCGGGGCGAGAUUGCGGUUGAGGAGUGAUGCGAAACUGGAAUACCAUGUCCCGGAACAGUAUGAUGUGAAACGCCAGGGUUCACGUGGACAGUUGUCGAGCACGAGAUGGAUAUUGAAUCCCACCCCGAGAGAUCUGCACUACCCACCAAGGAUGCCAACGUCGGAUAUUCGCCUUGUCUGCGUGCCAGGCUGGUUCGUGUCCAAGUUGCGCGAGACGGCUAUGAACGAAUUGACCGAGUCCAAGUCCGAUGACAAGGGAGAGAAGCCGUUCAUCAGCGAAAGCGACAUCCUCCUAGCCUGGAAAGCCAGAACCAUCAACCGCGCCAUAAACCCCUCCCCCCAAAAAUCAAUAUCCAUUCUCAACACCCUCAACAUCCGCCCCAUCCUCCCAGACCUUUUCCCAACAAACGCAGCAUACAUGG